AUGUUAGAGCUGGCGGACGCCGUCCCGGUCCAGCCGCAGCCGGUAGCGCCCCCUCCGCCAGAGGUGCAGGUCCAACCACCCCCAAUCGUGGAGACAACUCACUUCAAUCCUUCUUGGGGAUACGACCUGAACCUGUUGUCCCAUGCCGCUAGCCAUGUGGCCCUGGAGGGGCAGCAGGAAAGCCUGGAGUCCAUGCGAAAGUCCUCCCAGAACGUAGGCCCGCAGCCGCUGCCCAGUGUGCCCGAACGAGCGAUCACCGACAAUUAUGGCGUUGAACCUUCCAUCCUGGAUCUUACGGACCUAGGGGAUCCCGUGCAAGACUUUUCGGUGUUUCUGGAAAGCGUCGGUCUUUCCUCCGAUUGGGAUUCCGGCGUAUUUUCAACGGUAGAAGACCCCAUGUUGACGAACCUUCCUAUGGAUUCGAAACCAACCGUCCGCGACAAUGCAAGGCUCGGGCCCGAUGUCAUGGGCGAUCCACGAGGCGCGGCCGACGAACCCCCUUCCUUCUCCAACUUUGGUUCUCGGCUACCGUCCCUGCAGCCGGAGCCCCAUGAUGUCGACGAGCGCCUCGGAUUCGCCGAUGAUGGCCCUCGACCGGCCUGGGACAUUACAAAUGCGGACCGUCAAAUGUUCAUCACCAAGCUUGAGGAGUUCGCUUACAUUCUCCCCAAGAACUUCGUUCCGCCGUCGAGGCACGCCUUGUCUCGCUUCUUUGCCGGUUACAUUAAUGGACUAAACGAGCAUCUCCCUUUUAUCCACGUCCCAACGCUCUCGGUGGCGAAGUGCUCCCCCGAGCUCACUCUGGCCCUAGCAGCAGCUGGGUCUCAUUAUCGUUUUGAAAACAGUCGGGGAAUCGAUCUUUUCCAUGCCGCCAAGGCCAUCCUCCUGGAGCGCCUUCACAGGCGGGAUAGCAAGCAAGUGCAAUACCCGACCUGGAAUUUCCUAUCUCCCUCAUCUGGUUAUCAUGACUCUCGUGGAUCAUCCACCACAUCUAAUCAUGCUAGCAGCCCUUUCCAGCAGCAUCAUAUCGCACAUCAGGUUGACCCUUCGGGUUAUGCUCCUCAGGAUUCUGAAGCCCAUAUGGAAGUAAUCCGAACAUUCCUGCUGCUCACGGUUUUUGCUUCUUGGGAGAGACACCCAGAACUCCUGCGAGAAAUUCUUUCGCUGCAGAGCACUCUUGCGAGGCUCGUAAGGGAGCAUGGACUGUCCGAGCCGCCCCCAUACCCCGAUCCGAACAACUGGGAAGAGUGGGUACGGAGAGAGGGGAACAGGCGAACGAAAUUCAUCGUUUACUGUUUCUUUAAUCUCCACUCUAUCAUGUACAACAUUCCUCCUCUGGUCUUGAAUGCGGAGCUCAAACUGAACAUGCCGUGUUCUCAUGACGUCUGGAAAGCCAGCAACCCGUCUCAAUGGCGACGGGUCAUUCGCAGCCGCCAUGGAUCGGAAGUCUCCUUCCAGGAAGCCUUUGCCAAGUUAUUCCUCAAAUCCAGUAUACCAAACUCCUCGGCACCGAUCUCGCCGCUUGGGAACUAUAUUCUUAUCCACGCUCUGAUACAGCAAAUCUUCUUUGCCCGACAGCUUUGUCUUUCGGCACCAACCAUGCAAAGCACAAGUCUCAGGCAGGAGGACUUAUCCGCGCUGGACAGCUCCUUGGGUGCUUGGAAGGCCUUGUGGAAGCGCACCCCGGAGUCCAGCAUUGACCCUCAGAAUCCGGCAGGCCCGAUUGCCUUCACAUCCACGGCGCUUCUAGGCCUUGCUUAUAUUAGAUUACACGUCGAUCUAGGGCCGUGUCGCCGUCUCAUCACUCAGGACCCGGUCCAGAUCGCACGGGCUCUAAGUGAAUCUCCUCCAAUUGCAAGAAGCCCUCGUCUGAUUAUGGCUUUGUUACAUUCCGCCCACGCACUUUCGAUCCCGGUGCGCCUUGGAAUUGACUUCGUCGCAAGAACUCACUCUUUUUUCUGGAGUAUCCAACAUUCUCUUUGCAGUCUUGAAUGCGCAUUCCUUCUGAGCCGUUGGCUUCUGUCCAUCCCGAUGACACAAUCCGAACAGAGACUAUCGGAACAUGAGAGGAAAUUACUUUUAUGGAUCAAAAGUAUGAUGGAUGAAACCGACAUGGCCGUCGACCCCCCGGGCCCGCCUGACGUCGACUUCAUGGCCAGUCCCUACAAGGCAAGACAGCUUAGUGUUGCUAUUGUUCGUGUAUGGGCAAGAACUUUCAAAGGGAAUACAAGCUGGGCUAUAGUCGACUUGGUCGGGUCGAGCCUGGAUGCCUAUGCCGGUCUUCUGGAGACUCAAAUGUAA